UAGUUUACAUUAAUUUCAGCUUAAAAACUCUUUUAACAAUGAACUUCUUUGUUUCUCUUCAUAAGAGAAUUACAUCUCUCCACAGAAAUCUCUCCAUUAAUAUUUCAUUCCUCUGUUACUAUAUAUUUGUCAAACUUCAUCCAUUUUGGAUUCAACUCUUCUACUUCAUACUUAUUUCCUCAAUUGGCUUUCUGUUUCUCAAACUCCUGCCAAACAAACACUCAUCUCUUAAGCUAAGCAACUUAGAUGUCUUCUUCAUGGCUGUCUCUGCCAGCACUGUCUCAAGCAUGAGCACCAUUGAAAUGGAAGUCUUUUCCAAUGUCCAACUCUUAGUUCUCACUCUCUUGAUGCUACUUGGUGGAGAGGUUUUUGUCUCUAUGCUCACUUUACAUGUCAAUAACAAGUAUUUCUUGAAACAAUCUCAGAAAACAAACAAUAUUAUUAGUCUCACAACCAAUUCAGAGUACUUGAAGUCCAAAUACAUGAGAUAUUUACUCCAUGUUAUCUUGGCUUAUUUUAUACUGAUCCAUGCAAGUGGUUAUGCAAUGAUCAUUGCUUAUGUGAGCUUGAUUCCAAGUGCAAGACGAGUGUUGCAUGGCAAGGGACUCAAUGUGCACACAUUCACCAUCUUCUCUGUGGUUUCAUCCUUCACAAACUGUGGAUUCAUUCCAACCAAUGAGAACAUGAUUGUUUUCAAGAAAUACUCUGGAUUUCUCCUCAUGAUCAUCACUCUUGUUCUCACUGGAAACACUCUCUUCCCUGCAUGUUUGAGCUUCUUGAUUUGGAUACUUGAGAGAAUCACUAGAAGAGAAGAGUUUGGUUAUAUUUUGAAGGAUAAAACUAAUGGGGUUUUCGCUCACUUGUUUCCUGGUUUGCAUUCAGUGCUAAUGUUAGCUCUAACUGUGGCUGGCUUUAUUGUAAUACAAAUGAUACUCUUUUGUUGCAUGGAGUGGAGUUCAGAGGGUUUGGAAGGACUGAAUGCUUAUCAAAAGCUCGUCGGAGCUCUGUUUCAGUCAGUGAAUUCCCGACAUGCCGGAGAAUCCAUUGUGGACCUCUCUACCAUCUCCCCUGCCAUCUUGGUCCUCUAUCUAGUGAUGAUGUAUCUUCCUCCAUAUACAUGUUUUCUCCCGGCUGAAAGAGAGGUAGAUGGAGAAGAUGAUGAUGCAAAUAAAGGAAAAUUAAAUUUGAUUGAGAAUUUGAUGUUCUCACAAGUAGCCAAUCUCUCCAUCUUCACCAUCAUGAUCUGCAUCACUGAGAGGAAAAGCAUCUCUCAUGAUCCUCUCAACUUCAAUGUCCUAAACAUAGCCACUGAAAUCAUCAGUGCAUAUGGGAAUGUGGGAUUCUCCACUGGUUAUAGCUGUGAAAGGCAACUGAAACCUGAUCCAAAUUGUAAGGAUUCAUGGGUUGGAUUCUCAGGCAGAUGGAGCACCAAAGGAAAGCUCAUCCUCAUCUUUAUCAUGUUCUUUGGCAGGCUCAAGAAGUUCAGCAUGCAUGCUGGUAAAGCUUGGAAACUUUGCUAAUCUUAUAUACAUAUACAUAUGUAUAAACUAAUGAAUGUACUUAAGUUGAGAUAUUGAUGAUUUAGUGUCCCUCUGGUGCUUAAAGGGGCAGGUGAAUUCAGAGAACAAUUAAAGUUAAUCAAUCACAUUUGUCGCAUUAAUUUGAGAUAAAUUGUCUUAAUUGAGUGAAUUUUAU